GAGCUUAGCGCAGCGGCUGCACGCUGUCGGGGCAGUGUCUUCACCUCUCUCUCUCCAGCAAUGGGGCUCCCUAGAGGGUCUCUCGCGACCCGCCUCUUCCACUUCUUCCUCCUACUUCAGGUUUGCUGGCUGCCGUGCGCGGCCUCCGAGCCGUGCCGGGCGGACUCCGGGGGAGCUGAAGUGACCUUGGAGGCGGGAGGAGCGCAGCUGGAGCCGGGCCAGGCUCCGGGGAGAGUUUUCAUGGGCUGCCCUGGGCAAGAGUCGGCCCUGCUUAGCACUGAUCACGAUUUCACUGCACUGAACGACACAACAGUCCAGGAAAGUAAGGCUCUGAGGCUCUCCCCAUCCAAACGUAUCUUACGAAGACGCAAGAGAGAGUGGGUGUUCCCGCCGCUGUCUGUCCCUGAGAAUGGCAAGGGUCCCUUCCCUCAGAGGCUGAAUCAGCUCAAAUCUAGUAAGGACAGAGGCACCAAGAUUUUCUACAGCAUCACAGGGCCUGGGGCCGACAGUCCCCCUGAGGGUAUCUUCACCAUAGAGAAGGAAACAGGCUGGUUGUUACUGAAUAAGCCAUUGGACCGGGAGAAGAUUGCCAAGUAUGAGCUCUUUGGCCACGCUGUGUCAGAGAACGGUGCCUCCGUGGAAGAGCCCAUGAACAUCUCCAUCAUCGUGACAGACCAGAAUGACCACAAGCCCAAGUUCACCCAGGAUGUCUUCAAAGGGAGUGUCUUGGAGGGGGCACUGCCCGGCACAUCUGUGAUGCAGGUGACAGCCACAGACGAGGACGAUGCCAUCAACACCUACAAUGGGGUGGUUGCUUACGCCAUUCACAGCCAGGAGCCAAAGGACCCUCCCAACAUGUUCACCAUCCACCGGAGCACCGGCACCAUCGGCGUCAUCUCCAGUGGCCUGGACCGGGAGAAAGUCCCUACGUACACACUGACGGUCCAGGCUACCGACCUGGACGGCGAAGGCUCCACCACCACGGCAGUGGCCAUCGUGGAAGUCCUCGACGCCAAUGACAACGCCCCCGUGUUUGAUCCCCAGAAGUAUGAGGCUCAUGUGCCCGAGAACGCAGUGGGCCACGAGGUACAGAGGCUGACCGUGACUGACCUAGACGCCCCCAACUCAUCGGCAUGGCGUGCCGCCUACCGCAUCUUGGAAGGUGACAGUGGGGACCAUUUUACCAUCACCACCCACCCCGAGAGCAACCAGGGUAUCCUGACAACCAAGAAGGGCUUGGAUUUUGAGGCCAAGAACCAGCACACUCUGUACAUUGAAGUGACCAACGAGGCUCCCUUCGUAGUGAAGCUCCCGACCUCCACGGCCACCGUAGUGGUCCACGUGGAGGAUGUGAAUGAGGCACCCGUGUUCGCCCCGCCCUCCAAUGUCGUUGAGGUACAGGAGGACAUCGCUGCUGGGGAGCCGGUCUGCACCUACACUGCGCAGGACCCGGACAGGGGGCGUCAGAGGGUCAGCUACCACAUCCUGAGAGACCCAGCAGGGUGGCUGGCGAUGGACCCGGACAGUGGGCAGGUCACUGCUGCGGGAGCCCUGGACCGGGAGGAUGAGCGGUUUGUGAGGAACAACAUCUACGAAGUCAUGGUCUUGGCCACGGACGAUGGGAGCCCUCCCGCCACUGGCACGGGGACCCUCCUGCUGACACUGGUGGACGUCAACGACCACGGCCCUGUCCCUGAGCCCCGUCAGAUCACCAUCUGCAACCAGAGCCCUGUGCCCCAAGUGCUGAACAUCACGGACAAGGACCUGUCCCCUCACACCUCCCCUUUCAAGGCCCAGCUCACACAGGACUCGGACAUCUACUGGACGGCAAAGGUCAAUGAGAAAGGAGACGCAGUGGCCUUGUCACUGAAGAAGUUCCUAAAGCAAGACACGUACGAUGUGCACCUUUCUCUGUCCGACCGCGGCAACAAGCAACAGCUGGCAGUGAUCAAGGCCACCGUGUGCGACUGCCACGGCCACGUGGAGACCUGCCCCGUACCCUGGAAGGGGGGGUUCCUCCUGCUCCCCAUCCUGGGGGCCGUCCUGGCUCUGCUGUUCCUCCUGGUACUGCUCCUCUUGCUGGUGAGAAAGAAGCAGAAGGUCAAGGAACCCCUUCUGCUCCCAGAAGACGACACCCGUGACAACGUCUUCUACUAUGGCGAAGAGGGGGGUGGCGAGGAGGACCAGGACUAUGACAUCACCCAACUCCACCGGGGUCUGGAGGCCCGGCCCAAGGUUGUUCUCCGCAACGAUGUGGCGCCAGCCUUUAUCCCCACACCCAUGUACCGUCAACGACCAGCCAACCCCGAUGAAAUCGGCAACUUCAUCACCGAGAACCUGAAGGCGGCCAACACGGACCCCACAGCCCCGCCCUAUGACUCCCUGUUGGUGUUCGACUACGAGGGCUGCGGCUCUGAGGCCCCCUCGCUGAGCUCCCUCACCUCCUCGGCCUCUGACCAGGACCAAGACUAUGACUACCUGAACGAGUGGGGCAGCCGCUUCAAGAAGCUGGCGGACAUGUAUGGGGCUGGCCAGGAUGACUAGGCCUCCGGGCCAGCGGGGCCCAGGGCUGAACGUCAGGCUCAGCUGCAUCUUCAAAGGGGCUCAGUGCCCCCUCAGCCAAGGACUCUGAGCUGUUGGGAAGUGGCCUGAGCAACUCGGAUGCAAGAGGCCUCGAGCCUGACAGCAGAUGGGUUGGUUCUCAGCCCUUCGAACAUGGGCCGUCGGACUUCGGCACUGAAGCCUGGCAGCCUAGGGCCGGGGUGCCCCCGAGGCUGAAUUUUUGGGAGUCUCCUCCCUGCCUUGAAAUGCUCAGCCCUGUGUCCUGACGCCCCAAGAUGCCGUUCUCUCUGGAAUGGACCUUUCUCCUUAGGAAGAGGCCUCUUUUUACAACCCGGAUUUUUUUUUUUUUUUUUAAUGCUAUUUUUGAAAAGUUAGAGGCGGGUCCUCAGCGGUCCCCUGGAGCCUUCAGAGCCCAGCCCAGAGCUGCUGGGCCCUCGGCCUCACACGUUUCUCUUUGAUCUCCAGGCCCGAGGCCUCCUAACCGGAAUGGAUUGCUGCGUUUUUAUACUGAGCGUGUCUAGGUGGUCCUUUAUUUUUAUUUUCCCCGCGGAGUGCUGUAGACGAAGGGUGAUGACAAUCGGGUAAAUGUACUAGAACUUUUUUAUUAAAGGAACUUUUU